GUUAACGGGUUUGAUGCAUUUCAGAAGAUUGUUCGUGCUGAUGGACCAAAGGGAUUAUACAGAGGGUUUGGGAUAUCUAUUCUGACUUAUGCUCCGUCUAAUGCGGUUUGGUGGGCUUCUUACUCUGUUGCACAGCGGAUGGUUUGGGGUGGGAUUGGGUGUUAUGUCUGCAAGAAAGACGAAGAGAGUGGGAACAACAACAGUACCGCGAUUAAACCAGACUCCAAAACGAUAAUGGCUGUUCAAGGAGUUAGUGCUGCGAUUGCUGGAAGUGUUUCUGCUUUGAUUACAAUGCCACUCGACACAAUCAAGACGAGAUUGCAGGUUCUUGAUGGGGAAGAUAGUAGUAAUAGUAGUAACAACGGGAAGCGUGGACCGAGUAUCGGACAGACUGUAAGAAACUUGGUUAGGGAAGGUGGAUGGACGGCUUGUUAUAGAGGAUUGGGACCAAGAUGUGCUUCAAUGUCAAUGUCUGCAACAACUAUGAUCACUACCUACGAGUUCUUGAAACGGCUUUCAGCUAAGAACCAUGACGGGUUUUGCUCUAAAUCAUAGUGAUAACAACUGAAAAAAAAACCACCACAUAGAAGAAUCUUUUUAUGGGAAAUGUCUUUAAUUUUGCUUACUUAUCUUGUUCUUCUUGUCUAGCUGUUCUGCUGCUAUUUCAUUUGUUUUCCAAGUCAUAUGUAAGGAAUGUGUUAAAAUUCAGUUGUUUUUAAAUAAAUAAAAAUGUGAUUUUCCUCA